AUGGAGAUGUUCGUCAAUAGACAAUAAAAUAAAGAAAAUAAUAAUCCAGUCUUAGUCCCAACAUAGUACGAAAUUAUGUAAAAGGAAGGAAUAUUUGCCAAAAACAAUAGUUCUUUUUAUACUCAUCAUCGAUUUUACAAUAGAAACCCUAGACACUCUAUUAAUUAAUCAUCAUAGAAUCCUGUAAUUGGUCGAUCAAAUAGUUCUUCAUCUAUUCAUGAGGAAAUUGAAAGAACCGUAUAAUAAUUACAAUCCUAACAAAUUUAUACCUAAACUUAAAUUAAUUAUAGAUAACCUCUUAAGGAAAGAUAUCCAACUCAAUAUUCUUAACCUUCAAAUACUUAAAUUAAUGAAGUUGUGGAUAUGCUCGAAAAAGAUAAUUUACUUAAAAUACAUUAAUUAAAACCAUGCACACCUAGAAAGAUAUUUACACCUUCAAUUAAUUAUAAUUUACCUCCUUUGCUCUAUGAUAAUAAAAGUCAUGAUAACGAAAAUAGUGAAAAAGUCACUCCUCUUCUUAAAAGUAAGUCUUUAUUUAAAAAAACAUUCAAUACUUCUUUUGAAAAAGUUAAAAAAAUCAAUUCAUCUUAGGAAAAUAGAUAAAAAAGAACAAUUUCAUAAAUAGCUAACAAUUCAAUUCAUUAAUAAAGAUAAAAGUCUUUAAAUGAUAGAAUUAAAUAGGUGGUAUAGAAUCCCAAACAUUUAUUAAAAUUAUGUCAAAAGGUUGAAGAAAUCUAGAAUUCUGCCAAUUAAGAAUAGUUAAUGUAAUUAAUUCAAUCAGAUCAAUUUAAAAUAGAUUUAUAAAUUCUUAUAAACAAUUCUAAAGGUUCUAAUAGCUAAAUGUAAUUGGCACUCGAAAAUUUUAUGAUAGAGCAAGUCAAGAAAGCCAGAGAAUUAUAAGAAGUAGAAUAUCUUUUAGAAUGUAUUAGUUGUUAACUAUUAAUUAGAAAAAAAAUAGAAUUUUAGUAAAAUGCUCAAUAAUUAUAUUCAGGAACUAAAAGAUAAAUUAUGA